AUGAGUGAUUUGUUCAAAGAGAAAUACGAAGAGUGCAUAACAUUACGCAGGCAAAUGAAACUCAGUGGAAGAAAGUGGGAGUAUCCAAUUCCAAAGUCGAAAGAAUAUUGGGAAAAAUUCUGCAACGAUGAAGGGAAGAAAAUGAUCGUGGUAAGAGAUCCUUCCCUUGAGUUAUUCCGUCAUUCUUUUCCUAAAAAUGAAACUAUGCCCGUCAACUUCGAUACGCGCACGAACAACGAAACACCUAAUUUAAAUUCUUUUUCCGAUUGUCCUAUAGAUAGUUGUAAAGUCUCCAAAAACUCUUUGCAUAAAUUGUCGCCUUUGAAGUCCAAGUUUGACUCGAGCAAAGAUCACCAUGACGGUAGAGGAUCAUUUCCAAUGUCAAUAUGGAGAGUUCCGGCCGAAGCUCGUUCAAAAGAUCCGGCUGCAUCGUUCAAAGCUGCACAAAUUUCAAAAUUAGACAGUCCUGAACCUCAACCUAGUCUCGGAAGAAAGUCAAAUCGUAUUCGUACUCCAUUUAAUGUGCAAAGUGAAUCAAUAGGAAAGAAAAAUUUUCCUACUAAUUUCUCGACUCUUCCAUUAUCGAGUUCACGAUCUAUUUUACCUAAAUUACCACAAAGAAGACUCUUUCCAGAAACAAAAUCUGCUGGAUCGACCAAGAAUUACUUCCGCAACGAUAUUGCGCGAAUGAAAACAGACGAACCUUUGCAUCCAGUAGACGGAGGUGGAAAGAAAGUUCAAAGCUCUGUACAGGAUCAGGAUUCCUUCAAGUAUUCCAUUCGUUGCGCUUACAAAGCACUGAAACGUCUAACCCCGAAUAAAACAUUGAACUUUGAACCAAAAAUAAUCGAGAAUUUAUCCGGAGAAUUAGUUUCCGAGUUAAACGGUACUUCGUUACUGCAUCGCAAUGAAAGUAUGAAAUUACUUACACCCAAAGACAGCGAAAAACUCACAGAAGAGAAGGUAGAAUUAUUGGAAAAGAAGUUGGAAAGAGAGUCGCUUAAGGAUUCACGAUUUACAGAUACCGAUAGCGAAAGUACGACUUCAAAAUUGAAGAAGACAAUUUCCUCCGGGACGCGUUUCACGUCAGGGCCGAGUCUUGAAUUCGUGCACCCCAAGCCCUGGAAAGGUCCUUCGGCUCGUGUUCUCGAAUCGAUUCCUAGGUUGUCCGGUUAUCCCAGAAAGAAUCGCGACAGAUGUUUAGUGUGCAUGUAUAAAUCGUUCGAAACACCGCUGGACCGAAAGAUCUCUUUUCCCAUGACAGUUUUACAGAAAACAAUAAUUUCGCAGAACGCAUGCGUUGAUUCGUCUACUUUUCAAGAGAGCGAGUCAAGCUCUACGAGCAUAUUAAAUUACGAAGACGAAACGGAUAAAACAUUAAAUCACCAAAUUGAAAUCGAAGGUGUAACGUCCAAUACGCAUAUGUGCAGUGGUCCUGAAAGUCUAAUCGUCGAGCAUGCUUCUUCCUUGACUCAGGGAAAGCAUGGGAAAAGUGUUCUAGAUUCAGAAUCUGCGAAAAAAAUAGUUACACGGAAAACCAAAGAGGAUCAACGAGGCGGUGACUCAACUUUGGUGGAAAAAAAUUUGAACCACGCUACAAAUGCUACGCAAGCCGCACCUUUAGAAAGAUCGAAACUUUCUACUUCGGUUCGCAGCGAGAGUUCCGACGAGAACGAUUCGCUCGCCGUUUCAGUGGGUGACGAUCAAUCCAAGUCCCAGUAUUUGGCACCUUGUCACGCUCCCACGAUUUUUAGGCCCAGUUUGGAACCUCUACGUGCCUUAAGAAACCGAAAACCAACGAGCUUACAAGAUCGAAUCGUUCUGAUCGAGGCAUCGACGACGAGGGGCGCUUCCAGCGACGACUACGACGAUAUCCCAGAAAAACCAAAAUCAAUAUCUAAAAGCAUUGCGAAUAAAAGUAAAACGAGUAGCGGGGAAAAAAACGAUUCACCGGUUAGCAGAGUUUUAACCAAAGCGAAAUCUGUUUCGGAGAACCUGUCACUGAAAAACGUAGAAUUCAUCGGGGGAAAAGAACAUGUUCUCGAAAGAGGAACCAGUCUCUUGAACCUUACCGCUGUGUCCGAUUGGUCGAAGAUUUUUUAUGACGGGACAAGGAACGAAUUACAAGAAUUUUACUCGUCUCGGGACAAUGAUUUCUCUAAAGCUACCCCUGUACCAGAUUGCUCAAUAUCUGCCACGAAACUGCCACUCACAGGGACCGAUGAGAUCGCCGAAUUCUUGGAUAAUCUCAAAGAGAACGCGUCUUCGACAAGUAUGUUAGAAACAUUGUGCAAAGAGUUUUCGGAACGACUCGCGAAACAUGCUACGAACUUGGAUUCGAACGACGAAAGGCACAGCAAAUUGGCCGCGAAAUUGACAAGGUUGUUAGUAGAUUCUAGGCUUUAUUUGUGCCCCGAGAAAUUUCCUUCCGACUUACUUUUAUCUACGAAUCAGUCACCCUCUUGCAACCCCCGCCUCCUGAGACGAAUCCUACCCCAAAAGUCCUAUAAUCUCGUUGCGUCUUUGCUGGGAUUACCAGAAUGGUAUACGCUGAAGCAGAUUUCGUUCGAGGAUACAGAUGGGAGGAAUCGUGUCGAUCGGAUACAUAAUAAUGGCGAAACAGAGUCCUGCGACAACUAUAGUUUAACGUCUUUAGAGGUGCAUCCACCAACACCGAGAGACAUCGAAUCACUCAGCAAUGCGGAGAAACUGGGUCAACGUAGAUACAAUCCAUAUGCUCUAUUUUUGAAGAAACCAAGGCGCAAGGUUAUUACUUGGCGUCCCUUAACAAAGUCCGACCUCGAAGGCUACGAUCCGGACGCAACCCUUAAAAUGAGAGCCGAUAACGUGCUAACAAAGAUAUGCAGAGACUUUUGCGAGUGGCUCGAUACUUUAGGUGGAACAAAUAAGACUGUCGACGAGGAAGUUCUCAGAGAUAUGUUCGAAAUUGAUUUCAACGCGGAGGCUUGUAGAGCAAUGCAGGUAUCGAUUCAAGAAAUACCAGUAGUGCCCGCGGAGGUGGCUUUAACAAGAAACUCCCCCGGUGCGAGUAAGCUCUCCAUGACAAGGAAACACGUCAUGAGAGAUGCAAAAGCGGAACGAACACCGGCGAAAACAGAAGCCUUCGGGACCACUCUGCCUUGGAAACUUCAAUUUGUACCACCUAAUAAUCAAGUUCAAAAGAACUGGCUGCAGUGCGAGUACGUGCCGAAAGAUCUGGAAACGAUGGACGUGGUUUGGAAGGAUAUAACGCAUCUGAAAAGCGUGAGAGGUUUCGUUGAAUGGCUUCAACGGCACCCGGAGGUUCCACCACCGGAGGCUUUGAAGACAAUCGUAUCAAUGGAUCUUAAAGCUUUACGGCAGAUAGAGGACGACGAAGCAUUUGCGCAUCUCGAGUUGGAUAUCGAUGAAAUUAAAAAUCUCAGAGUGGUCGACAGCGACGACGAUGUCGAAUGA